AUGGCAGAGGCAACAAAGAGGUAUGCUGUUGUGACAGGGGCUAACAAAGGGGUUGGAUUUGGCACAGUUAAGCAGUUGGCUUCAAAUGGGAUCAUGCUGGAUGUAACAAAUUCUGCUAGCAUUGCUUCCCUUGCAGAUUUUGUGAAAACCCAAUUCGGAAAACUCGAUAUCUUGGUAAACAAUGCAGGAAUUAAUGGUAGCAUAGUAAACCCUGAAAGUUUUAGAUCAGCUGUAAUUGGUAAGAUGCCUGAUGAAAUCAAUUGGAAUGAAAUAUCGAUGACACCAAACUAUGAGUUAGCAGAAGAAUGCCUGAAAACAAACUACUAUGGUCCCAAAAGUGUGACUGAGGCGCUUUUACCCCUCCUCAAGCUAUCUGAUUCGCCAAGAAUCAUUAAUGUUUCUUCCGGUGCUGCUAAGCUAAUGGAUUACUUCAUAGAAAACAGAAAGGCACAAGGCCAAACAACAAGCAGAGAGCAUCCCUGCAAGAUUAGAUAUACAAAGACAAGGAUAAUUAGGACACCAAUAGACGCCACCACUCCAGAAGUGUCGUCCUACCUAUUAGUGCAAAGAACACCCCACCCUUACAAAGGAGUACAUGGAAUACUGUCUUUGUUCAAAAUGCCCAUUAACGAAGAUGGUGGUCUUACAACCCAGUUGAAGCCGCACAUCUUUGGAGAAAUAUACCUUGCAACAAAAUCCAUCGCCAUAUUUGCUGGUCGUGGAGUCCACGACCAGGAGCAUGAUUGA